AUGUCGGAUGAUGAUGCAGACUAUUACAGUGUGCCGCUGAAAGACCAGCGAUACUUUGGAGCAGGCAUCAAACGUCAGCGUGUCCACUUCGUGCCUUCGUCGACUUCUGAAACUGCAGCGACAUCCGGCACACCGACGCCCUCGGCCCUCUCAGCCAGCCAACGUUAUCUGUCCAUCGUCUUGCCCAAAGCCUCUUCUGAGCCCCCCAUAACUUCUGAUGUCACGACAGAAAGCACAGGACCGAAAACAUGCACCGUCUGUAAAGCACAAUAUGAAGGCGACCAGGCCACGCACUGCAGCUCGCUUGUCCACCAGAUCGCCCUUCCACACUCACAUCCUCCUUCGGCCCUCGACAGAAACCGCAAAGGUCUCUCCAUCCUGCAAUCUUACGGCUGGAAUCCCGACGAGCGACUAGGUCUCGGUGCGCAGAGAGAAGGCAUCCUGCACCCCGUCAAGGCAAAAGAGAAACGCGACACCGUUGGUCUUGGUGUCAACCUGAAGCACGAUGAGCCAACUCUCAAGAAGAAGAGAAAGAUGGCCGAUAAAGUGAAGCCUGUUGAAAAGUUGGACGCUGGCAAGGUCAGAAAGCUGGAGCAGAGUAACAAGCGCAAGCACAAGAGAUUGCAGGCUCUGUUCUACUCGAAUGAUGAAGUUGACAAAUACCUUGGAGCUGGAUGA